UAUACUAUACAUGUAUUAAUAAUCAGUAUAAACUAUAAAGUAAUAACAAUUAACAAUGUUUUUGUAUACCUAAUCUGUUUUUAGUAUUGAUGUAAAUAUUUUUAUUAGAAUAUUAUUUUGUUGUAAUUAAUAAUUAAAUACAUUUUUCACUAUCUUGAACAGUUUCCAAUUUUGAUUUUAUAUCAAAUUUGUGUCAGUUGAUACUGGGUAACUAUAUUGAAAAAUAUCAUAAAUUCAACGUAAAAUUUCAUUUGAAAAAAUGAAUAUUCAAGAUGAUGGUGAAGUUCAUGUAAAAAUGUUAACUGAUGUUUGCCAAAAUGUGUGUACAUUUAUCAAAACUAUUACAACGGAUAAUAUGUCAAAAAUUAAAAUUAAUGAUUUGCAAUGUGUUUGUUCUGAAUUAAAAAUUAAAUUAGAACAAAUUAAUGAACAAGUUAAAACAUUAGCAAGUUUGUUAAAUUUCAGAACUGACCAAGAUUUGUCUGCUGUUGAUAUAUUGACUCAAUGGAUUUUAUCGCUUUCAAAUAAAAAUACUGAAUAUACUAAAAAAAGAAAACUAUAUUCAUCAUAUUCACCUCUAAAAUUAUCUCUUAAAGAUAAAACUGAUUUUAAUGAAAGUACUAAAAAAAAAUCAAUUUUUGAAAAAUCUGAAAAAGAAAACAAAAUAAAAUCUCAAGAUGAAUUAAAUAAUGUUUGGAAGUUACAAGUUAAGCGUGAUGGAAAUCCUUCCGAUUUAUUAAAGAGAUCGAAACAAACAACUUUAAUGCUUCAACCAAAAAAAGAAAAGGUAAAAAUGAAUAUUACUACUUUCAAUAGUCCAACUCCUAAAAUAUCGAUAUUAAAUUCUUCUAGUUUGGAUAGUCCUGAGAUGUUAAAUUUGAAAAAUUAUACUACUAAAGAUAUGUGUGAAACAAAUGUAAUUCAUAAUACACAAAUAAAUGAUUUGGAUAAUACAUCUUCAAGUACUUUUAACAAAAAUAUGAAUCCUAGUAAAAAUAUAUUAUCCAUUAAAACAAAUACUUUAAAAUUAAAAGAAACUAGUACUUUACAUGAUGAGACUGAAAAUCUAGAUCAAUUAGAUGAUGAAACCAUUUGUAGCCCAAUCAAUAUAUCAAUGAGUAUUUUAAAUAAUGCAACAACACAUAAGAAACAAAGCAAAAUUCAUAAUAGUAAUUUAUUAGAUAGUUUUGAUAUCAUUCCUGGUUUAAAUGAUAAAAAAAGCGAUUUACCAAAUUACAAAUUUAAAGAAGAUCCUGUUAGAAAACAUAAUGAACGAAAGUUAUUAAAUGGUUGGGAUUGUAAAGACUGUUGCAAAUUUUAUGAAGAAAACAAUGAUAAUCCAGUUGAUGCAAAAAAUGCCAUGAAUCACUUUUCAAGACAUCGUUCUGUUAAACAUCAACAUAAUGCUCUAACACCCCCAGGGUUUUGGGAUCCAAUGUAACAACACCAAAGGUAUAAAUUAUUAUUCCUAAUAUGAUAAUUAGGUUUUAAUCAGCUUUCGAACUUAAAGUUUUCAUAAUUCGUACAAUUACUUUUAUUGUUUAAUAAUAUAAUUAUAAUUGGUUCUUAACAUAUUAUGUACAAAAAAUAUAAAUAUUUUCUACAGCGGUAAAGUAAAUAUUCAAUCUACCUAUGUUAUAUAAAUAUAUCAUAUAUGACACAGCAACUAUCAGCAAUUUAUAAAUUAUUAUUAUUUUACUUUGUAUUAUUAUUAUGUUAAACAUAUUUUUAUAGUAUAGACAAUAAUUAUAGUAUAUAGAUAUUUAGAUCAAUUAUAUUUUUCAACUUAAAGGUAGGUAUUAAAGAAGUACCUAUGCCUUAAAAUAAGUUUAGAAAAUAGUAAAUGUAAAAAUUAUUUAAAUAUAAUUAUUUAUAGUUGAUUUAAAUAAAAUUAUAAGUUAUGUAUCUA